AUUUGGUGUUAGCGGUUUGCCCCGACCUGGUUUACGGUACGUGUUCAGUGAAAGCAGAGCGCCAGGGUGGGCUUGUCACACUUUGUCAGUUUACAAAUUUGCCACUAAAACCGUGACGGAGUUCGUUGUUUGAGGGUACAACAUGGGAGAUCAGCCACCAUCCUACCAGGCCACAGAGCAGCAACCAGGCAUGCAGCAACCGGCCAUGCCACAGCCAGCCAUGCAGCAGCCGGUGAUGCAACAGCCAGGGGUGAUGCCACCCCCUGGGGGAAUGAAGGGGCAGUGGGUGCCACCCCCCCAGCAGGCCAUCCCAGGAUGCCCCCCUGGUCUGGAGUACCUGACCCAGGUGGACCAGCUCAUCGUCCACCAACAGAUUGAGCUGUUUGAAGCUUUUACCAACAUCCAAAUGGCAAACAAGUACGCUGUGAAGAAUUCCAUGGGACAGCAGAUAUUCUUUGCCUAUGAAGACUCUGAAUUCUGCAUGCGUUUCUGCUGUGGACCCAACCGCAGCUUUACCUUCCAUAUCCUUGACAAUGCUGGGCAUGAGGUGAUGCGUAUGCGGCGUGAGUUUAAGUGCUGUGCAGGCUGCCCGUGGUGUGCCUCGUGCGCCCGUGACUGCUGUGCCUACGAGGUGUACGUGGAGUCACCUCCAGGACAGCUCAUCGGCAUGGCCAUCCAGUCUGGGUCCAAGUGGAAGCCCCACUAUGAGAUCCUGAAUGCCAAUGGAGAGUCUAUCUUCCACCUGUGGGGCCCCUGCUGUGUGUGGAACGGGGCCUGCUGCACCUGUGAUGUGGACUUCAAUGUGUAUGGUACUGACCAGACCACAGAGAUUGGGAAGAUCACCAGGAAUUAUGCCGGCUUUGGCAGGGAGUUCUUCACCCAGGCCAACCACUACAGCAUGUCAUUCCCCAUGGACCUGGAUGUGAAACUGAAGGCUGUGCUGAUGGGAGCCAUGAUCCUGGUGGACUUCAUGUUCUAUGAGCAGCCGAAGUAAGAUGAUUUCCACUGUCUCACAAGUGUCUUCCAGGACAACUGUGUGGUACCAGGUCCUUGGUGGUACUCUGUACUCUGGUACAGAAAUUGAGAGUAGUGUUUUCUUCAUGUAUAAUUUUGGAGGAAUCUUGCCUAAUUUGAGAGGAAAUGGUUUUGAGAAAUUGAGGGUAGUGUUUUCUAAAAUGAAUAUUUUUGUGCCAGUGUAGAAUGAUAGCAAGAAGACAGGAACCAAUUUAAUGUAUUGCUAAGUCACUGUGUUUAAACAAUUAUGGCUCUAUUUCAUCAGGACUUACAACAGUGUUAGACUGUGUCUCUUUUAAAGUAUGUGACUACAUUGUAUACAGCCACACAGGUACUUAAUAAUCAAACUUGAUGUACAUAAUAUUAUCAUACAAAAUGACUAGUCAUUAUGAUUGAAUUAAACAAAUUUGUUAGUCAGAAUACUCAAAUUGACUACUGUAGCUUGAAGGUUCUAAAAUCUGAAAUUCUGAAAGUAAGAUAUAUAUGAAUGGGUAACAACCUUUACUAUCUAUGAAUCUAUAUCUAAGAAGAACUGUACCUUUAGCAGUGGUGCUUUAUAAUUCCACAAGUGAUUCUUCUACGUCUUGUACGUUUUUAACCUUCAAUAAAAAUGUGGAAUUAAGUGGUUAUAGAGAUGUGCCUUCUGAUACAUGUACUACAUUAUAUGCAAGCCAAUUUGCAUGUAAUUGUGUCUUACAGGUUUUCAUGUACAAAGUAGUGUUACAUGUUACAUGUGCAAAUUUAAUUUAUGUUUUCUGCUGAACUGAAUUUGCGUGUACAUCUAAUAUGCAGUGUGCCAUAUAGCAGUGCCAAUUUUGACGUGUGUCAAAACAGUAAUCUAUCUUUUAAUGCAUGUCCAUCUUUCAUUGAUAAACUGAAUUUUAUUGAUCUCAGUUACGUGAGUGUACAUGUCAGUCAUUUGUAGUGACAAAGAUGGAUGACGACAUUACACACAUGUGCUACAAUUAAUGUAACUGCAGCCAUUUCCACCCAAAACAGAAUCAACAAGCCUUCACCCAUGAGUUGAGGCAUUCUGUAAUUCCUGCUACUCCAAUUUGAAAAGAUAUGAGUCUCA